CUGGGAGUGCCGGAACUCUGGCGUUGCUGUGAUGAAGUGGAGGGUCAACCAUCCCAAUGGUAAAUCAGUUCCGGAGCGUAACCGGGUCACUGGCCUCGCCGCUCACGACGCUCCUGCACCUGCGCCUGCGUGAGAUCCGGUUGAGUGCAGCUGUGACCGGUCCCCACAUCCCGAUCGGAGACGGACCAGGACACCCAGAUGGUCCGAUGGUCCGGUUGAAGGACUACGGCGGUAGACGAUCCCAGGCAUAUGGUGGCAUGGUGGUAUCAGAAGGCUCCUCAGUCGUUUGUAUGGCACCACGCCCUUGGGCAUCCUCGCGCCGCUUCUCCAGCGCCUGAGUGGCGCCACGGGCGUGGGUGUGGGAGCUUCCGGACAGAGCGCCUGCGAGCCAUGCGAACAAGAUAAAGUUUGGCUUCCUCGUUUGCACUGGCUCACGCGGCACCGGAUCUAUCUGCAGCAGAGGGAGAAGUGCGAAGUCGUCUUCCUGGGAGAUUCCAUCACGGAAGGUUGGCUGGGCAACGGCUUUGAGCUUUGGCAAGAUCAGUACCUGAAACCCUACAGCGCCUUAAAUCUGGGCAUUGGUGGAGACGAAGUGCAGCACGUGCUCUGGCGCGUGCAGCAGGGAGCGUUGGACAACUUGGAUCCACUACUGCUGGUGUUGAUGAUCGGCACCAACAACAUCGGGAACAGCGGACACAAGGCUCAGCAGAUCGCCGAGGGCAUUCAGAAGCUUCUGCAAGAGUUGAAAGCAAAGCUGCCGCGCACGCGCUUUUUGUUGCUGGGUGUCCUUCCACGUGAUCAAGCCCCAGGCAGCGCCUUGCGACGGGAAGUGUUGGAGCUCAAUCGGCUUCUGGCGAGCCUUGAGGAUGGGAAGAUGGUGGACUUCCUGGACCUCGGAGAGCACUUCCUCACCUCUGAGGGCGUCAUUGCGCAGGAGAUCAUGGAGGACUUCUUGCACUUGUCGCCCAAGGGGUAUGCGAUCUGGGCUGAAAAAAUGCAGAACACAUUGAGACGAGUGCUGGAGCAAAGCCGCCAGUUGCGUAGCGCGUAGCCGGCGUAGACCUUGUCGUGAGGAAUUUCAAUAGUUCCUUUCAGAGUAGCAAUGCUUGGCAGCUAAGCCUGACACAGACCGUGCGAUGUAGAUGGUAGUGAAGCGCGGGGAACAUUAUUCAGUCCAAUUGCCACAAGUUGAAAACAGAGUUUGUUCUCCUUUUGUAGUUCUCACUUAGUUUUGCUUACCUGAUGUCUUGUGUUGAGACGAGAGGUCCUAGGCCCAGGCAGCCUGUUAUCCACUGGGCUCAACGGCUUAGCCACCGAACGUGAAAAGGGUGGCAGGCCACGGCAGUGGAUGCCAGCUGAUCCAAAAUUGGUGCUGAUGCUUCCGAAGCGUCCUCCAUGGCGUGUCC